AUGGUCGGUUACAUCCACAACAAUCUCAAAGUCAUCGAUGCCGACAAUCUUCUCGCCAACCCAUGCUUUCGCCAAAAGAUUAUCUGCAAGUCUUCGGACAACAACAGCAAGGUCCUAAAACAUUCGGCCCCAUUCAACACACUUUUCAACGCCAUGCAAUUAGCCGAUAUGAAAAUUACUACAUGGAAUUCGAGGAACAAUUCCAAGGGUCAGCCCCAGCAGAUCACAGCUGAAAACAACAUCUCCAAACAUCUGUACGAGAACGGACUACAACCCUCUUCUGGGUUUUAA